AAGUCAAUCAUGUGGAGACUCACUCUGCCAAUUCAAGACUUGAAGAUUCUGGGAAGGAACGUGACUGCGUGGCAGGUUGACGGCCGAGAUCAUCAGUAGAACUUGCAUUCACGGGCUGCUUUCUUCCCCAUUCACAAUACCCAGAGCGAUCAACCGCCUUCAAUUAACUUCACUAGCAGCUACCAGUAGCUGUGUCUCAUGUCUUCGAACUCGUCGAACCCAGAGCCUCAGGGUACCAAUAGUGAUACAGAAUCACCAGAUUUUCCGGCUGAUUGGAAAUCUGCCGUACGGCCGACUACAAUCAGACAAGUACUAGGAGCAGAACUGCCCUUUAUUAGCGCGGAUUUUAGGAUAGGUGGUCAUAGUAUUCAAACUAUCAGCGUCGUGGCUAACGUAAUUCGCGUUGAUCAACGCUCAGAUGAUCAUAUCCGAAAGGACCACUACGUCUUGGAUGACGGUAGCAGCAGAGGCUGGAUUUAUGCAUUUCAUGAAUUGCCAGCUGACGCUCCGUUAUUCGAUCCUCCUCCUGAUUAUGUCCGCGUACUUGGGACGCUGUUUGUGCUUGGUCACAAAAAUGCCAUUCGAGCAACUAGGGUCCUACCCGUAGAAGAUCCGCAUGAGGUCUACCUUCACCUCUUGGAUGCCAUGGUGGUUACCUUGAUACACACAAAGAGACGCCCUCCUCAGGACUUCGCUUCUCAUGAAAUUAACCAAGUGCACCCGAUGUCGUCUCAAUCGAACGUCGUAGCUGCAGACCAGACUUCAGAAAUUCUUUCUGUAUCACAAAAUUCUCUGCCCAUUCGAGAUUCAUCACCCUCGCGACCCCCUUCAGCCGUCCCAGAUACAGGCGAUCAGACCUUUGGUGACGAAUCGGACAACCAAUCCUCUAUAUCUUCGUCGUCGACAUAUCUUACCGCCGUCGUGGACGACACGAUCGAGUCUCCGCUUCCCACAUCUUUUUCCGAUCUCCAACUUGACCACGACAUGAGUGCAGGCACGCAUCUAAAACGCGAUCCAUACUCACAUCUUAGUACGUUACAAAGAGACAUUCUUUUGCAAGUCAUGAAUGCCGCGCAGCAACUUCACACCCCUCGCCUCCAUGUAACGACGAUCAGAGAUUGCGUUAGACCCGGUCUCUGGUCUAAAUCGGAAGACAUAUCCGAUGCAUUGGAUUACCUCGUAACUCAAAAAUAUCUUUGCACAGAUAAGGACCUCUUGUAUUACUGGAUAAGGAAUGUAUCCUGGGAUUUUGAAAUAUAAUACUCUGUUACUUAUUCUCAUGGUUGAAUAUGACGGACGCAGCCCAUUUGUACUCUGAUUGCAUUGCGCGAUGGGGACUGCAUCGCGAACAAAUGUGAACAC